AUGUGGUUGCAGAACCUGCUUUUCCUGGUCACUGUGGCCCGCAGCAUCUCCGCACCCACAGGCAACUCUGUCACUUGGCCCUCAAAGCUAAAAUAUGCCAUCCGUGAGGCCCUGCACCUCCUGAAGGACAGCGAGGACACUCUUACUAUAACAGACACAGUAAAGAUUGUCUCAGGAAAGUUCAACCCCAAGAAGCCGACCUGCCUGAGGACCCAUCUGGGCCUGUUUAAGCAAGGCCUGAGGGGCAAAUUCACCAGUCUUGAGGGGCCACUGACUGUAAUAGAUCAACAGUACAAGGAGCACUGCCCCCCCACCCUGGAAACUGCUUGUACAAGCCAGACUGUAACCUUCAAGACCUUCAAGAAAAAGUUGGAGACAUUUCUGCACUCCAUUCCCUUUGACUGCUGGUCUAGAAGAGAAGCUGUCUGGUCCACCACCCUACCCUCUCCAGCCAGAGGCCGGCUCUGGGACCUGACCACACGGACCACUGCCCUCCCACCCAGAAACUCAGCAUCUUAA